UGUUAGUAUUUUUCUAGUACAUAAAAUGUAUAUAGAAAACAGUUAUUUGGAUUUAUGGGUUAGAAAUCUGUAAUUCUUCUAGUUAAAUUUUCAAUCUGACAUUUGGAAGUAUGAAUAAUACAUCAUCGUCAUGCCUCCUCCAAAAUAAACAUUCGAAAACUGUGCAGAAGUAUAAAUUGGUUCUGCUCGGAGAACAAAGUGUUGGAAAAACUUCUCUUAUUACCAGAUUUAUGUACGAUAGUUUCGAUAACAGUUACCAAGCCACGGUUGGAAUCGAUUUCUUGUCAAAAACUGUUUAUGUUCAAGAUAAAACCGUCAGAUUACAGUUGUGGGAUACUGCAGGACAAGAAAGAUUUCGUUCUUUAAUACCCUCAUAUAUUCGGGAUUCGAACGUAGCUGUCAUUGUUUACGAUGUUACCAACCAAAUAUCCUUCGAACAAACCACCAAAUGGAUAAAAGAUGUGCAAAUGGAGAGAGGUGAUAAUGUUAUCAUUGUCCUUGUGGGGAAUAAAGUUGAUUUACACGAUUUACGACAAGUCACACAUGAUGAUGGAAAACUAGAAGCUCAUCGUUUAGGAGUGCUUUUUAUGGAGACAAGUGCGAAAAAUGGUUACAACGUCCGAUACUUGUUUAGACGAAUUGCUGAAACUUUGCCAGAUAUACCUAGCGAGAAAGAUUUGCAACACUUUCGAGACAUUGUCCUAGAGAAUACAAUUGAAGAUUCUCCUCAAAAUGAACAAUGUAUAUGUUGAAGUACCUUAUAAUUACCUACAGUCAUACUGCAGAUCCAUUUGAUUAUGCAUAAAUUCAAAUUAAUAACGGGUUACAUUGAC